AUGGGGUCACAGAGUCCUAGCCCGCGGUUUCGCAGGCUACAACAGAUUCUGCCAGACUACAGCCCCAGCAAGAUCACCCAGUAUGAAUCAGAGCGGACGGGGAUGCGUGUGGUCGUGGUGGAUCAGCAAGGGCCAAAACUACACGGCUUCUUCGUGCUUGCCACUGAAAUCCAUGAUGACUCGGGAGCACCGCAUACGCUGGAACAUCUUUGCUUCAUGGGCUCAAAGAACCACAAGUACAAGGGCUUCCUCGACAAACUGGCGACCCGUGCCUAUUCCGGCACAAAUGCCUGGACCGCGACAGAUCACACGGCCUAUACUCUGGAAACAGCUGGGUGGGCAGGGUUUGCCCAGAUAUUACCGGUGUAUCUGGAGCAUGUCAUUCUCCCGACGCUCACGGACGCAGGGUGCACGACCGAAGUCUAUCAUAUUGAUGGGAAUGGUCACGACGCCGGCGUGGUGUAUUCUGAAAUGCAAGGGGUCCAGAAUACUGCUUCGGAACUCAUUGAGUUGCAGGCGAAAAGAAUCCUCUACCCUGAAGGAGUUGGCUUCCGCUAUGAGACGGGAGGAAUGAUGGAACAACUCCGUGUGCUGACGGCCGAGAGGAUACGAGAAUUUCAUCGUGAAAUGUACCAGCCGAAAAAUCUCUGCCUUGCCCUCUUUGGCGAGGUCGAUCAUGACGAGUUGCUGGCCAUUCUGGAUGAAUUCGAGACCUCCAUUAUGAACGACAUCCCUAGUCCGGAUGCGCCUUUCAGACGACCCUGGAUCGAGUCAAAGCAAGCCCCACCGCUACCUGCCUCAACUUUGCAGCGAGUCGAGUUUCCUGAAGAGGACGAGUCAUUCGGAGAAGUUGACAUCCGAUUUCUGGGGCCGGAUUGUGCGGACUCGAUCUCCACAGCCGCUCUCAAUGUUGUACUUUUGUAUCUGGCUGGUUCGCCCGCGGCACUACUUGACAACACCAUCGUGGAGAAGGAACAGUUGGCCAGUGGCGUCUAUUAUCAGAUAGACAGCCGGCCCCGGACAGAGAUAAGCUUUUCAAUGUCCAGUGUAGAGACUGGACGGCUGGAGGAAGUGGAAAGGCGUUUCUUUGGAGUUCUGAAAGGUGCAAUGGAGAAACCACUGGACAUGAAGUUCAUGAAAGACUGCAUUGAUCGACAGGUGCGGACAUAUAAAUUCAACGCUGAAAGUUCUCCUACCGCUUUUGCCGACUACAUCAUCGCCGACUAUCUCUAUGGUAAAAGGGACGGGUCGACGUUAGACCAAUUGAAGUCCUUGGCUCAAUAUACAGAAACCUUGACAUCCUGGAGUGAGCAGCAAUGGAAAGACUUUAUCAAGAAGUACAUUUCAGAUGCACCUCAUGUGUCUAUCCUGGGAGUACCAUCAGCCCGGCUAUCUGAGAAACUGAAGACGGAGGAGGCGCAAAGGCUCGAGCAGCAAAAGGAGAGACUCGGACCCGAAGGCUUGAAAAAGAUGCAGGAAAAACUUGACAGGGCAAAAGCUGAGAAUGACCGGCCCAUCCCGCGAGAACUUCUCGCUCAGUUUAAAGUGCCUUCCCCCGAUACAAUCCACUUUGUCAACACUUCAGGCGCUCGAGCUGGCCUUGCUCUCGAGAUUGGAAAGCCAAAAACCAGAUUCCAACAGACGAUCGAUAAUGACUCCAGAGACAUGCCGUUAUUUCUUGACUUUCAACACAUCCCUUCAAACUUUGCCAGAGUCCACCUCAUCAUCUCCACGGAGAUAUUGCCGGACGAGCUGCGCCCGCUGCUGUCAAUAUACAUGGAAGCAUUUUUCAAUCUUCCCAUCAAGCGAGGAGAGGAAACCGUUGAUUUUGAACGGGUUGUCACUGAACUGGAGCGGGAUACGGUGGGUUACUCGAUUGACGCAGCGUCCAAUCUGGGUAACCCCGAAGGGAUCAAAAUCAGCUUCCAGGUCGAAAUUGAACGUUACGAUGUGGCGGUGAAGUGGUUGUCCGAGCUCUUAUUCCACUCCAUAUUCGACAUUGAGAGACUAAAAGCUAUCAAUGCACGACUCCUUGCAGACGUGCCCGAUGCCAAACGUAACGGAGAUGACAUGCUAUCGGCAGUGGAUCGCAUGAUCCACCUCGCGCCCAAAUCGAUCGGUCGUGCGCGAAGCACCUUGGUCAGAGCCUUGUAUUUGAAGCGCAUCAAGCAGCUUUUGUGGCGAGAUCCAGAGUCUGUGGUGCAACGAUUCGAACAGCUGCGUCAAAAUCUCUGUCGCUUCGAGAACUUCCGCAUCCUGGUAAUCACCGACCUGGACAAGGUGAAGAAUCCGGUGAGCACAUGGCAAUCGUUUUUGAAGGAACUGGAACCGAAGAGCGAACUCACGCCCAUCGGCCGUCGGAUUGACCGUCUUAGUGAAGCGGGCAAGAAGCCCGGCCAGCUGGCGUAUGUUGUGCCCAUGCCGACGAUUGAUUCAUCAUUCGCCUACGCUUCAGCCAGAGGACCGACGUCCUGGGACGACCCUAAGAUGCCGGCAGUCAUGGUGGCAAUGGCGUACAUGAACGCGGUCGAAGGACCAUUGUGGGCUGCCGUCCGGGGCACGGGUCUUGCAUACGGCACCAGCAUGGGCUACGACUUGGAGUCUGGCAAUGUCUACUUGGAUGUCUAUCGGUCGCCGGACGCCUACAAGGCGUACGAGGCCAGUCGGAAAGUCGUCGAGGGCCAUAUGACGGGAGAGAUUGAGUUCGAUGCUCUGAUGCUCGAAGGGGCCAUCAGCAGCAUCGUGGUCGCCUUCGCCAACGAGCAACAUACUCUUGCCAGUGCCGCCGGGGCGAGUUUCAUCCGGUCGGUCAUGAAAGGUCUGCCUGAGGAUCAUAUGGAACGGCUGCUGAAGAAGGUUCGAGCGAUUGAAAUUGACGAUAUCAAGGACGCCCUCAAGACCGUGGUGUACAACAUGUUCACUCCUGGAAUGGCUGAUAUCAUUGUCACGUGUGCCCCUGGGCUAAAGGAGGCUAUCUCGGCAGGCCUUACCAAGGCUGGGUUCUCUCCUCAAACCCGUGAUCUCAAUUUCUUCCAGGAUGAUUAUGGGCUGAAACCUCUUGAUGGGACAGCCGACAAUGAUGACCAUGAUGAAGAGGACGAGGAAGAAGAUGACAACGGCCACAGCGACGACCACGAUGACUCGGACGACCUGGAAGGCAGCGAGGGUUAUGAGAUGAUCGAAGGCAAUGACGACGACAUGGACGAGCAAAGUUAG